GUAUUUGCCAUUCACAUGACUUGUGUUAACCGAAGUUGUGAUUCAAUCUCCCCGUUUAGCUGAUAGCAAGCCUGCAGGAGAAGAUAUCACUUUCCUGUCAUUUUGCAUGCAGGACUGCGCGAUGGCAAGCAACAAAUUCCAGAUCGUGGUACAAGGAGAAGCUUCUGAAACAGAUUCCGAUGACGAGGUUUACAUUACGUCCCUGACUCCAGUACACCCGUCUACAUCUGGUCUGAAAGUUCCCGGGGAAGCAUCGGAGACGGAUAGCGAAGGGGAAGUGGAGAAAGCUUGCAAGGUGGCGUAUGCUGUCAGCUCUGAAAAUGUGCAGUCUUUGCGCUCAGACCUACCUCCUCUCAUUGUGAUGAGAUCCACACCUGAGUUCGUACCAGUUCCUGAGAAAGACUUGAUGAGGUCGGAAUUGACCGGUCAAGAGAGCACUCUGCUGCAGCAGAAGCUCCAAGAAAGUAACGGGCGCCUUUGCGCCGAUGUGUCACAGACUUUUCGACAGGUUUACCAGAAUGCCACGAAGGACGUGCGUUUGGCCACGGCAAGUCUUAAUAACUCCCAAAGUGGCAUAAUCAACGCCUCUCACAACAUCCGUCUCAUUCUAGAAGAUCUCAAAUCUGUCUCUGAAAAGAUUGAAAUUAUCACGAGUUGUAAUCUUCUUCCUGAUAUCACAAUACCAACAUCCGUACCAGGACAAUAGUGUAUUAUUUUCAAAAUCUAAAAAACUUAAUCUAGCGAGUCUAGACGAAGUCUUUUGAAUGAAAGUGCCUGACAAUUACAAAUAGUAGGCUACAAUGCGUAGGUGAUUUAAAUGUCAUUAAUCUGAUUGUUUACAAUUUAUAAAUCUUGCAUAGGCCUAGACCAUGUUAGUUAUGCAUAUCGGCAGAUCCAACUGUCUAUGAUGGGUGAAAUUUAUUUAUGCUAUCAAAUGACAUUAUUAUUAUUAUUAUUAUUAUUAUUAUUAUUAUUAUUAUUAUACAAUGUUCAUGUCAGUGUUGAACUAGCACUUAACAUGCUGUGAGUACUUGAUGGCAAUCCAAACACACGUGUCUGUCUACAAAUGUCUGUCUACAAUUCAUCUACAUUAAUAAACCUGAAAAUGUAUGCAGUCAGGGUUAAAUUAUUGAGUUUAUUUGGCCAAACUUAACCUGUAACCACAAACUAAUAUUUGCUUUAUGAGACCCUUCAAAGCAAUCUUUCCUGUCUUAUUUCUCUGAAAUGCAUCCUUGACAUGGCAACUCAAUACACAUAUGAUCUCUAAUUAAACCACACCACAGCACUUCAAUAAUCAAAUAGGUCGGGAGAAGGAGAGGUCACUCUAGGCAUCUUCAAGUUUUGACAGCUGUCAAAUGCACAUUAUGAACUUCUGAACUGAAGGCAGUAUUAAAUCAGCAAACUGAAAAUGAACAGAGAAUUAACUGAUAAUUAAACAAACACGUUUCAUAUUACACUUAGCCAAUAAAACCCAUUCCAUUCCAUCAGUUUACCUAACAAUUGGCAGACGGACAUGGCUGUCUCUUAUCAGUGAAUGCAGAAUGUAGAUGCACUGUUCACACUGUUGAAUGUUGAUUAUAGAACCCAGAAAGGCUAAAAUACAUCUUCUAUGUACAUUUUGUUCUCAACAGAAUUUAACUUUUAUGUUGUGAAAAAAAGCCAUGUAAGAAAAAAAGACAACUAGAAGGUA